UCAAUUUUGGCGGCUGGGCUGGAAAGUAGGUUGCUGCAUUUCAUUUUGCUUUCUGCUAAUUUGCUGAUCCAUGUAUGUAAAUAAUCUAAAUAUUUUUGUAGCCUGCAUAUAUUGAAAAACAAGUCUCUAUUUUGUCGAUGCGUCUACAGUAAUCAAAUAUUUUUUGACAUGGGUAUCCAAGGUUUGAUACCUUUUCUUGAAAAGACAUCACGGCCAAUAAAUAUAUCGGAAUUUUCAGGAUGUACAGUUGCAAUAGAUGCCUAUUGUUGGCUUCAUAAAGGUGCUUUUUCUUGUGCUGAAAAACUUGCAAGGGGCGAGAAAUGUGAUGCAUAUGUGUACUACUGUAUGAAGUACAUCCACAUGCUGUUAUCUCAUAACAUAAAACCGAUCAUGGUGUUUGAUGGUCAGCAUUUACCGGCAAAGGCUGAUACUGAAAAGAAAAGACGAGAGAACCGCGAGCUGAACAGACGUCGCGCAGCCGAAUUGCUGCGUCAGGACAAGCCGAACGAGGCACGCUCGUUCAUCAGACGCUGCGUGGACAUCACGCACAAUAUGGCGCUGGAGCUGAUGCACGCGUGUCGAGCGGCCAACGUCGACUGCGUCACGGCGCCCUACGAGGCUGACGCUCAGCUCGCCUACUUGAAUUUGACGGGCGUCGCUCAUCUAGUCAUCACCGAGGACUCUGAUCUCAUUCUGUUCGGCUGCAAAAAGGUAGUGUUCAAACUGGACCCGAACGGAGGUGGCUUGCUGGUCGAUCAGGACAAGCUGCACUUGUCGAUGAAAUGUCGACCGGAGAAUUACAGCUUUGAGAAGUUCCGACGCAUGUGCAUUCUCUCCGGCUGCGAUUACCUACCAUCUCUACCCGGCAUCGGUCUCAGCAAAGCGUGUCGUUUCAUUACACGUACUAUGGAUCCCGACAUUGAACGGGCUCUGCCACGUAUGAGCUCCUACCUGAACAUGCCGCAAUUAGUAGUUACCAAGGAGUACAUAGAGAACUUUGUUCACGCGGAGGCCAUGUUCAAGCAUCAGCCGGUGUUCGAUACGAUGCAACGCAAGGUGAUGCCGCUGACUCCGAUCGACGACAGCACACCCAAGCUGCGACUGCCCCAACCACUGCCCGAGGAUGAGGCCUAUCAGCUGGCCCUCGGCAACCUGGAUCCGUUCACCCUCAAAGUGGUCGCUGACUGGAACCCUGACCAGAGACAAGAUGUAAAAAAGAAAUGGGGUACUACAAAGCAAUCGAACCAUCCAAGCAUUUGGGAGGUAAAUUUCCAAAUAACGGAACCAAAGUUUAGACCUGUAAAAGCGAAGCCCCCACCUUCUACUGCUGGAAAACAGAUUAUACAGGAUCCAAAAAUCGAAUUUGAAACAUCGAAUCUAAUAGAUGACAAAGAUUUUGAAAAUAUCUUGUUUGAUGAAGAAAUGAAUACUGUCACACAACCUGCCAAAAAGGUCUGUCUGUCAAAGGAAAGUGAAGCUGUUGGUGUUGACAACGGAAUGGAAGUUGAAGGAGAAGAAGAUGAAAGUCGAAAGUCACCGAUUUUGUUGGGAAAGAUUAAUGCCAAAAGUAAAUUUUUCAAUAAAUUGAAAAAGCAACGAAACACGGUUGUGGAUGAAAAAGUGAAAGUACAGAGCAGGUAUUUCAACUCGAGCUCUCCUAUCCUGAGAACAAGUGCAAGUAGUGCCAAUUCAACACCAGUUGGCAGUGAUAAGGACACCUUGAAAGACAUCAGCAACGUUGACGAGCUCACCAGAAGAUCAUCUCCGAAGAAAUUGGACGAAAACAUUUUGACAACACAAAUUUCCCCGACAAGAAAAUCUCGUGAAACCCCCCUAUCACCCGGAAAACGGGUUGUUACUGUAAGUAGCUCUUUAUUUACGGAACUAAGUAUGGAGGAAAAUGAAGUCAAGGACGGGAAAUCUUGUGGAAAAGCAGCAUCGCCCAGAAAACUUACUAAGAAAUCUGUUACAAUACGAAGCUCGCUGUUCACGGAACAUAGUAUGGAGGAGUCUGAAGUCAAGGACACUGAUAAGGAUAGGGACAAUGAUUCAGGAGUUUCGUGUCCCAAUUCAUUCGAACUUGACAAUGUAGAAGAGUGCAGCCAAUCUUCGGCGAAAAGUGUAUCCAGUAUUUCUACAUUCACCUGGAAACAAAAGUUUCACGAAAAGUUUGGUUUCAAAAGUAACAGUGGUGCUGAAAAAGUUCUGCAAAGCUCUAAAGCAGUUAAUAGUGGGUUUCAGAGCCCUUUUUCGAGGAAAAAUGCCGACAAUAGUGUAAAUAUGCCUCAAACACCUCGAGGAAUGGCACUGAUGACCAAAGUACUGCCUCCAACAAACCUGAUCCUAGAACACCUAAAACGCCAUUCAGAGUUUCUAGUGGGCUUCAAACUCCAGCCUCAAGCAAAACUGAGGAUGAAGAUGAAAGACUUGAAACACCUUUGAAAGAAAAUGAUGACAGUGCAAAGCAGACAACACCGGCUCCUGUCAGCAGACGAAGUAAUCCUUUCAAGAUGAAUAGUAGCCAGAAAAGUGCGAUGAACUCCACUCCAAAAUUCAACUUGCUGAGGGACAGUAUUACUGACUUUGGUGAGAUGGAUCAGGAAAUAAAAGAUCAGAUCUCCAUACUAUCCACACCAGCAAAACCGAAGUUGUCUACUGGUGGACUAGAAACUUCAAAUGGGAAACAGGAGAAAUUAUCAUUGGGCAGUCUUAGUUCAGAGAAGAGUCCAUCCAAAAGUCUGAAAUCAGACAAAAGUCCAUUUGGUAGUCAUAAGCUUGAUAAAAGUCCAUUUGGAAUCGGUAAACCUGAGAAGAGUCCAUUUGGAAGCAGUGACAAAACUCCAUUUGGAAGUGGUAAAUCUGAAAGAAGCCCAUUUGGGAAUAAUAAACCUGAUAAAAGUCCAUUUGGAAGUGCAUCUAAGACGAGUGGAGGUCAGAAACAAGGUAGCUCUGUGAAGGGUAAAUGUCGUUCAGUAGGAUUGGGGAAAAAGUCGACUACGCCAAGCUCUUCUGGCAAUUCUUCUCAAAGAAGCCUCCUCUCCAUGUUCACAUUACAACCAAAGCCAAAAUUGGAGUGUAAAUAGAUGAGUACUACAAGAAUAUCCAAGCCCCGGAUCUAUACACAAUAAUGUCCAGUAUACUAUUCGUUUAUACCAAACGUGUGUUAAAAGUGAUAAGGAGUCGUAUUACAAUAUUCUACUGCCAUAUUUCAAGACUGACUUCUCAAUUUUUUCUCUCAAAUAUAUAUGUAAUGGUUCGGUUCGCUCAAUAAUGUUGACCAGUAGUAAUGAGAAUUUGUGUGAUAUACUUUAAAACUUGAAUAGUUAUCCUCCUUCAUAUUUACAAAUCAGUUUAAUUCUUUAAGUAUCUACUGAGCUGUGGUAUUUCUUUAACAGUAUUAUAAUUUUAUUUCACAAGUAAUGUUAUCAAGUCAAUAUGAAAAUCUUUGUUUGUGACUUACACAAGCUCUCAUCAUUUUGUGAUAGUAAACUUUUUUUGUCCAAAAGAAACAAUAGAUGUAAAGUGUAGAAAAUAGAUAUAAGUAUAGUAGAAGUAGAAGAUUCUGCUUUGACAAAACUGUGACUAGGUGGGCCUACUUUUAAGGGAUUAUUAAUUUAGUGAAACGUUUAUGGAAUAUUUUGUUGAAAAUUGUAUUAUAUACUUUGUACUUGUUUUUGAAAUAAAAACUACUUGACAACGUUAA